AUGUUUCUGAUAAACCACAAAAUAAUCAUCUUCAAGUUGAUCUUUUUUUCCUGCAUUCUUCAGAAAAAUGUAUACUGCAAUGAUACUGCCCUGAGGAAUCCGAUUUUAAAAAAGCUCUUCAAGGACACGAAAGAACCGCAGGGAAAUACGCUAGUUCAGAGGUACUCCUACGGAGGAUUUUUAAAUCUGCAGAAGCUCCUGUCCAACGCGAACAUAAACUUGGUACAAGACAUCGGCACACAGAAGAGCGUCUCCAGCUUGGUAGCCAAGUUGAGGGAAUUCAGAAAGUACAACGAAAAUGUAUAUGAAAAGUUUUCCAAUUCGUGUUCUACCUUUGUUGAGAAACUGUAUACAGAGACGUACCUUAACAUAGAUAAAUCGCUAGCGCAGAUAAACGAGCUGCUAAUAAAAGAGGUGAAACAUCUGUUGCUCACCAAAAGUGACAUGAUCACAGAUGAAGGGAAAGCUAAAGAAGAAAGAUUUAAAAAAAAUCUGGUGGACAAAUUGUAUGAAGAAUUUCUACAACAAGAAAAAUCGGAGAAAGGUGAAAAUACGUUACUGUACUUUAACAAAAUUAAUAUGGCUUCUAAAUUUAGAAAGUUCUUUGACCUCUACUCAAUUGAUGAUCCUGAGGCUAAUGAAAUUAUCCUCAGUUUGAUUCAAACUGAUACAUCUAAUAUAAAGGUGGAUCACAAAUCGGUGCUUAAAAGCUUUGAUGAUAUAUUAAAUUCGACGAAACCUCACGUAUUUCUGAAAUCUUUUUUUUCUGGAAAUGAAGAAGUCGUUAAUGACUCCUUUUUGAGGACCUACUGGAUGUGUCUAAAGAAUCUGCACCAAUAUUUUAAGUCCUACAAUUCGCACGUGCUGCCAGUACUAGGGGAGGAUUUCAAAAAUGUGAUUUUCAAAUAUCUGGACGAUGUGGUAUGCAACAAUAAGGCGAAGAUGAUUCAGGAUGACCAGGCAAGCUACUUCUUAAACAUACACCAUUUUUUUGACACCUUCGUAACUCUCAUCGUAUCGAAGGUGCACAACUCCAAGGUUACCAUUUUAAAUGAAAAUGGAAUUCUUAUAUCCAUUCGAAUUAACACCCUACCGGAUAAGACCAUUCAGCUUGUUUCUACCAAGUAUUACUCCGGCACGCUCAUACCGCAUAGAGUUUUCGACGACGUUACGUACCUGUUGGUGCACGAGGACUUCCCCAUCUUGGAGCACCUCCACAAUUUUGAAAUCACCACGAUAAGUGCGGACGGCGCGUCGAUGCAUUCAUCGGACAAUAAGUACAGCCUUAUGAACGAAAGCGUGAAGAUUUCCUCCGUGACCUCCCAGGAGAACGAAGAAAUUACAAAGUGCAUUAAAGAGGAACUCCACCACAGCUCGAAGAAAAAGGAAAAAACCAGCAGCAGUUACUACAAAUCAGUAGGGGACAUCCUGGCCAAGUACAGUGGACGAAACAAAAUCACGAAGAAUGACAUCUACCUGUUGCUGCUCAACAUGGUUAGGGGCAAUUUGACCAACCUGAGUCUCCUAUUUUCACUGGAGAUAAUUAACUACCUCGAUGAAUACUGUGAGGAUGUGGAGUUGGACGACGAGGAGUUAGAAGACAUCCACUCUGGGGAUCCCCACUUGGGGAGAGACAUCCCUGGAGAUCAAAGCAGGAAAGAAAAAAAACACAAAAUGUAUUAUAACGAUGUCGGAUUCAACUUCCCCCAGUCGGAUAAGCGCGAAUUGGAGGAAGAUAGCUUGUAUAGCGGUUCGAUGGAAAAUGUGUCCUAUAAUCAAUUUUAUGAAAACCCAAAGUUGAAGGGCCUAUACGACUCAAUCUCUAACAUUAGUGCACCCCCAGAUGCGGAUGUUAGCAACUUAAAGGCCACUGCCAGGCAGACCUUAUCUUCAGACGAAAUGAAUUUCAAAAUGAUGUCAUCUCUCCAUUCCUCCAGUUAUAAAGCGUCCCAUCCGGAUAUGAAAAAAAUGUUUUCUCCGUAUGAGGAAUCGCAGGGGGGGGCAUCCUUCCCAAGCUUAUCCUCCUUAUCGAGCAUCCCACAGGGUAACUCCCUUGACGACAUGCCUGAUGCCUCUUCACAAGCGUCUACUUCAAAUUUGAGCAAAAGCUCAUCCAGGUCUUUUCCCAAUUUGUCGAAGCAGUGGGCGAGCGAGUCGUCCCCCGAUUUGUCCCCCGAUUCGUCCUCCGAUUCGUCCUCCGAUUCGUCGUCCAGUGGUUCGCCCAAUGUGUCGCCCCAUUUGUCUACCAGCAGCAUGGCCGACGGGGCGAGCGACAGCGCAACGCAGGCGGGGUCCAACCUGAGCCUUGAACAAGAUGGGGAAUACUCAUCCAGAUGGAGCAUGCGAAAGGGGGGGGAAGACCAUUUAGGGGAGGGUUCCCACUCUGGAAGAACCUCCCCUUCGUACGCCUCAAGUAUGGCGUCUUCCUCCUCUGGGAGAAGCACACCAUCCGAAUCGCUCGAGUUCGCGACGGCGAGUUCAUCCAUGGAGAGUCUUUACAAAGAUGUGAAUGAGGAGCCAUUCGGAGAUAAGCCAUCUAGUAAGUACUCUUCAAUGUCCAGCUUGUCCGAAAAUCGACGAAUGAGCAGCAGUUUAGGCAGCUUUACAGAAGGGGAAGAUCCAUACGAUUCGAGAAACGACCUGAAGUGGAAAAGUCUGGACAAAUUCUCCACCCUUAGCAUACCCAACUUGCGAAGCGAAAAUAGUGACAGCACAAAUGAACAGGAAAAUUACGAGCGAAACAACAAAGAAAUAACCAACAACGCGUGGUACCUCAGAACCAUAUGCAGGAAGAAGAAAAUCAUGGAAAAGGAAAAAUUAAAAAGCGUGAAGGAACUGAAGAACGACUUGCUACGAACAAAGUACAGCGUUUUUAAAAAAAAUGUCUUGUUCCUUAAUGAGGCAAAUUUGAAGAAUAUUUUCGAAUCUACCUUCUUCGAUUCGGUCCAAAUGAAGAAUGCCAUCAUCAGGAUCAUGUCUUCCUACGAGAUAGACAACCUGCAGAGCAUUUUAAAUGUCAAUAUGAGUGAUUUAAAUACCCACUUUUUCCACUUGCGUAAUAUUUUUCUAAAUAAAAAAAAGGUUUUAUCCUUCUUCAAUUUGAAUACAAGUCAAAAUGUGAUUAGCAAAAUUGAGACGAAGUUUUACUCCGUGUUCACCACGGUGUGGUUCCACUACACGAACUAUUUGUGGAAAGUUUUAGACAUUUUUGGAGUUCCCGAAUUGCGCCUCCUCUCCAGUAUGUAUCAUUCGCUAGUCAUGACCAACAGAGAUGAGAAUCACCUGAAUCUGUUAAACUAUUUUGGGUUCACAGAUGUGUUUAUGAUUUAUUUGCUGGUUAUACGGUUGAGGAGGAACGUCUACUACAUUAACCAGAAUAAAGCUUUCGAUGUUCAGAACGCGUCUUUGUUGAAGGUGGACCCUCUGCACAUUGCCCGCGGGUACAACGGGUACUUCUACGUCUUCAGGAAUAACUGCGGCGCGAAAUUUUUGAGCACCAACUUGGACAGCAAGAACAAAAUCGACGCCGGGUUUGGCCUCCACUUUUACGCGGUUAAGAGUAUUGACAAGUCCAUCUUCAGCGCCAGCCACUGGUCCGAAUCCGACUUCGAGGGAGAGACGAAACUCUCGCUAGCCAAGAAAAGCAUCUCCUCCCUCCUCGAAUCAAUCGAACACGGAAGCAUAUCCUACAACAUAAACGGCAACACGGACACGGAGAAGUACUCCUUCCUCACCAUCUACAGAAACGAAAACGCCAGCAACAUUAACGAUUUUCCGGCCCUCAUUACAGCCAUCAUGUGCGGACAGCUAUAUGACAUUAACUUGGUCAAGGAGUGCAUAAAGAAGGACGAAGUUUUUUUCUCUUUCACAAAUAAAAUGAACUCCAUCGUUUACAACUUCUACAACAACAGCACCAGCUUUAAGAACAGCACCUUCAUCUCCGCCAGGCAGUCCUACGAGAAUGUCUUCAGCGAUUUUUAUAAUAAUGAGAAGAUACUCCUCGGGACUCUGCUCCUCUACCUGGAGGGAAUGAAGCGAGACGUGGCCAGCCUGUCAAACGAGAACGAAAUAAGGUACCACUUCUCAUUCGUCUACAACCUCAUCAAGAUGCACAUCCUGAAGAAAAGCGUGUCCACCUACAAGACGCAGUCCCAGCUCUACGCCCUGGAGGAAAUCAUGUUUAAAUAUAAGCUCUACAGCGAGAAGAUAGCCAGUGCCCUUACUCUGCUGAACGAUCUGAAUAGGGGAAACGAACAAUUCAUCGAGGUGCUAGACACGAUCUCCCUAAUCUUCUACCGCAUGAAGGUGGAGGAGCUAAGCCUCGCCAUAGGACAGGGCGUCCCAGAAGCACACACAGAAAUACUCAUCUUAGAUCUAAUGGACGUAAUAAACAUAGUGGUCUUCUUCCAUAAAGUGCUUAACAAAAUAGAGGUAACAGAAGCAUUGGAAGAUUUGAUAGACAAGGAGAAGGUGAUCAGACUCCACAUCGAGGAAAUCAUCGACGUGGUGAAAAAGAUUUUUGAAAGUUACGACAACUACUACUACGACAUCAUAGGGGACGACAUCAGAAACGUAAUUACGGAGACGCUGCUAAAAAAAAUGAAAAACUUAUUCAUUAAUUAUAAAAGGUUUAUUAAUGAAGAGAGUAAAAAAUUGUCGUCCAAAUUUUUAAAAAAUUUAAAAAAAAAAAAAUCCUUUCUCCUCUUCGAGGGACCAAUUACGUACAACUUCCCCAUAGAUAUAUCCUACGGUAAGGUAAAAAAUUUUGAGCAAAUAUUUUUCCUUGAUUUGAUAGAAUACUCCUACUCCGACUACACCAGUUCGCAUCUCAAGUACGCCCAGGAGAAAGCGGACGAACAAAAUAACACCAUGUCUAAGUUAAUUGAGCGGGUGAAGAAGAUAAGCCUGCUGUACCACGCAUUCGACAUUCCGAAGGAGUACAAUGAAAAGCUCUUUAGCUACAUUUUCGAGUUUUCCCAACAAGGAUCCGUCAAUAAGUCCUUCGUUCAGCGGAGCAAGCUCUGGGGGCGAAACGUCCCCGAGGAGAGCUACGCCAAGCUGUGCAUCGUAAACCUGCAGAGGCUGCUCCGGUACUACUUCGAGAGCAGCCGCAUACACAAGCUGGUCGAUUUUAUGCUAAAGUACGACGAAAUAAAAAUCGGGAUAAAGAAGCCACUGAAGGAGGGGAAGGGCAGUACCAGUCUGUACCUCUGCAUAAGAGAUCAGUGGCUCUACAAACACAGCUUCCAGAACAUGAAGUCAUACCUCUCAAACAUUAAAAUGAAAUUUAACUUCAACGUAGAGGACGUAAAAACGUGUGCAAAACAGAAUAAUGGCUACCCACACCUGAACACGUUAACACAUGCAAUGGUAAAUAUACUGGCAUACGAGUUGCACAAUAUUUUUCAUAAAACGGAGAAGUUUGAUUCUAUGUUUUCCCUAAUGGACGUGAAGAAGAAUGACAUUUCGAGCAAACUGCUGUUCCAAAUUAGCAAUGUCCUGAAUAUGAAACAGAAGAUUGCCAUUUUUUACUACUCCAAGAAUGCCUUGCUGCAUCUUACGGAGAUCCUGAGUCAGCACUUCAAAGAGAGAAUCAUCUACCUGUCUGACAACAUGAAGGGGGGGUACGACGUCUACUCGUUCAACCCCGCGCGGAGAAAGGGCGGCAACAAAGUCAUCAUCCUCAAGGAGGGCCACACCUUCAAGGUGUACAACCAGAGCAGCCCCCUCUUCAGCUACGAAAUGCACCACUUGAGGGAUACAUCUACGUUCCACAUAUACUACGAAGAGCUGGUGAAGGUGAAGAACUACCUGGCGGCGCUGGAGAGCGAGUACUCGGAGAGCCCCGGCACCUCGGCGGAGGGCAUCCACACGGCCAUCCGCGGGCACAACACGGAAAAGAACUACACGAACAUACAGCAGAUGAUCCUGGCCCUGAUGGAGCGAAAAGACGUGGGCAACGCGAAGAAGGUGGUUUUGAGAAAUCUAAUCGACCUGGACAUCGUCAAGCAUAGAAGCAAGAGGGUAAAGAAUAACUACCUGCAUCUGCUCUACCUGGAGGUGUUUUCCCUCUUCGGGUUUGGCCCCUACAGCGAUUUAGACAACCUAUUGAAGGACCUAUUUCUUUGCGAUAAGGGGCUCCUACAGUGGUUUAAAUCAUCCCUCUCGGAGGUGCGAAAGGAUGCAAGUGACGAAGACAGCUACAACAAAUUGCGCAUAUUCGUUUCAGCGCUAAGGUACAUGAUAAAAAAGCUAGACAGCACGUUAUCAAAAAACACGCUAGAGAAACAUGAACUGGAAAAUGCUUUACAAUUGUUUAAGAAGAAAAAAGAGGAUAUAGUACCAUUCGAUUUUGAGAAUAUCAUUCCUCACUUUUUAAAAAAAAAAAAAAAAAAAAUAAAGUACAACAGUUCUGGGAACAAAAUAGAGGAGUUCAAAAUUGACGAGAAGGUGAAGGACCAAAUAUUGGCAGAGAUAGAGCAAUACAAAUUUUCCAUUCCCUCGGAUGAUAUGAAGGCUUACUACUUCAUUUCGCUGAUAGGGCUGGGCUAUUCCUACAUACAGAAGUUUAACUCGCUGGGGUUGGGUCUGUACUCCUCAGUCUCCUCCAGCAACGUCAUCACGCUGAGGAAGCUAUUCAACCUGUUCUACGUAAACGAACUGACGGACGUGAUAAACUUGAUCACGCACAUCAUCAUGAAUGUGUACAUGAAAUUUUUUUACAAGAGUAAGGAUUUUCUCAAAGAUGCAGAAGUAAACCUAAGUAAGGAGAAGAAGAAGCAGUUCGGCGAAAUUAUUCUGUCCAAGGACAGCGUCAACGUUGACCCGUUGGACUGGAAGAAGGACCAACAGAGUGGCGACACCACAGGCAAAGAGAACAGCAGCAGUGACAAAUCCUUCACCGUGCAGGGAUACUACCUAAACUAUGUGAUCAAAAAUGCAUACGAUUUCUUUUACACUGUGUUUAAAUGCUCGCAUGACAAGCCGUGCUUCCUCGAAAAGGACGAAUCUGCGGAGGAGACGGUGAAGAAGUACCUCAGGGAAAACCCCUUUAACAAAAAGAUGAUUUGGCUCAUACCGAUUCUGUCAAACCAUUUUAGGAGCUCCAUAAGCAUCCUCUACAUGGACGAUAGAGACAUUCGCUUGUACAAGUACCAGGACGAUAGCGCCAUGAAGUUUAGCAUUCAAAUUUUGGUUCAAAACGGGGAAAUGUUCCUCAUUCUGCCCACCUACUUCAUACACAUGAAUAUUUUGAGCAUAAUAACAAACACGCUGAUAAAGAACGAAAAUGACGCCACGCAUAAUGAGCGGUCCCUCUCUCCGUUAUACUCCAGAGUGUCCGGCUGUGUGCUUAUCCUCGAUGAGUCCAUCAAGAGUACCACCAACUCGGACGAAUACUACAAAACGUACUUUGAAAUUAUCGAAGAGAAGAUAAAUCUUUUUUUGCAGAAAAAAAUGCACAUGUAUAGCUUACUGGUAUCCAUAAGGGAAGACGUCCUAAACUUUAAAUACUUCAUAUACUACGAGAAUUUUGUAAAAUUUUUGAAGCUGAUGGAUUAUUUCAUUUCCGUGCUGAAUUCCAAGCUGCAACUCAACGUGGAUUUCACCUUCGAGGAUAUUUUCAACUCGCCCAACACGCUCGUCAAGUACUCCAUCAACAAUAUUAUAAACUUCAUUGAAAAGGACAAUUACCACAUUUUCGGAAUUGAAAUAAAGAAGUUUUACACGAAUAUAUUUCAAAUCCAUAGUCACAAGAAGUACCAGUCGAGUUCGUACCUCCGCUUGUUAGACUUCCUCCUCAGCACCAUAAAGGUGGAGAUAGACGCCCAGAAUAAGCAGAUAGAAAUGUCCUACAAUUUGAUCGAAAAUAUGCGAAAGAGGCACUACGUGCAAAAUUUGAAAAGCCUAGAAUCGCUAAUAAUAUGCGAGCAUAUUAAGAUCAUUUCCAACAUUAUGAAGUAUAUAGAAAUAAACCUGGACAAUAUCGUCAACCACAUUGUCUUCAAAUCUGAGACGCUCCUCGUGGAGCACGAAACGAUCAAUAAGGUGCAAAUCAUUCACGAGUGCUGCCUCAAGUACGAUUUUAACGAAUUGGGAGCCACCGAAUUGACCAAAAAGUACUUCAAAGAGUUGGAAAGAAGGAGCAUUAAAAUUUUAAAUUACACCAAGAGUUUGGAGAGACUGUCCGAUGAGGAGCUGGACUACGAGGAGUGGUAUUCCAUCGCCUCGAAAAUUCAGGUGGACCAUUUUAAGAAGAACGAACUGGUUUACUUUAAAAAUUUGAAGGAAUCCCCCUUUUGGAAGAAUGGUGCCAAGUACUUCACCGAGGAAGUCGUGCGGAAGAAACUGAAGGAGCACAAGUUGUACAUCGAGGAGAAGGACAUAAAGCGGCUCAGCAAUAAUAAGCUGACCUACAGCGAAUACAAGGACCUCCUAUACGACGUAAAGAUCGUCAGCAUGACGGAGAAGGACCUGGACGCCAUGCUCGUAAACAGAGAGCAGUACGCUAUAUCCAUCGUGUGGAAAUUUUUCAACACCGAAAUUUGCGUUAACGGGAACGACAUUCAUUUUGAGGAUAUCUACUCCAAGCUGAAGAACUACAAAAUGGAUUUGAAGUACCUCUCUCUGUUGAAGAAGGAAGACGUCUACAAUUUGUUCAACGCUAUUGUCAUAUUCCAUCGACUGGUGGAGUCAAUUGAUGAGCAAACAUUUAACCAGUACAAAAGCUACAGAAUGACCAACAUAAUUUUUGACGAGCUAAUGCGCAGGGGGGUAUACAUAUCCGGAGAUUCCCUCAUCACUAAGGAGUACAUCGAAUCUAUAUUCAACUACGACAUGUGGAGAAGAGACAUUAAGCAUGUGAAAGUUAGCAACAUUUUGAUAAGGUCCCUCGUUCCGACAAAAUACGUCAAUUAUUAUUCUACUGCACCCAUUUUUAAGAUCCUCCGAUUCUUCGUAAAUUCGAGGUUGAACGUUCGCCUGGUGAAUGUGCUCGCCUACGUAAUAUACAACAUAUUGAAGCUGGGAAACACUAAAGAUGACAUCUUCAAGAUAAUCAUGACUGAGGGGCUCUUGCGCGGAAGCUUGGACGUUAUAAGACUCAUCUUAAUCAAACUUAACAUAUCCCUAGACGGGCUAACAACCACCGUCACGACGCUGUUCACAAAUCUGCAUUACCUGUUUGAGUACGGUUUCGUUCAAGACAUCUUGGAGAGAAUAGACUACCGAAGGAUGUUCUCCAAUCUGUUCUUCCUUCUGCACAAUUUAGUGGAGCAAUUCUACUUCAAGGCAAUAUUGGACUUCCUCCUGGGGUAUCCUUUCAUUGUAGAUUUUAUCAAAAAAAAUGAGGAGAAAAUUAAAGAAAUUUUGAUAAAUUUUAAGAGAUUUUUCCUCCUAAACUUUGGGACAUAUGUUAAUUUUUUCCAGCAACUCUACGACAGUAUUGAAACGAAAUUUUUGACGUACAUUAAAUAUUACGCCACAAAGAUGUUAAACCAUUUUCUGCCUUUCUCAUCAGAUUUGAUUGAGAAAAUUACCCAAAUUGAGAUGCAGAGAAUAAGUCUGCUGGAGUUUAUUUCCUUCAGGGAUGAAGAGAGCAUCAUCUCCAUUUACCAAAAUGUUAUAGCUCUUCUGCAGGACGAAGAUUUUAUGGUUGACCUUCGGGUUUCCACCAUAAAUAAGCACAAGGAGUAUUUCUCGGGCGGGAAAAGCGUCAAAAUUUCGGAGGCUGAGCUGCUAGACAGCUUGUAUAAUAAGUACCACGAGUUGUUCCCCUCAAAUGGGGCUCUUCACUCGGGGCUGAAGAGGGGGAGCAAAGCGGGCCCCUCAGCUGUUGCUCCUCAGGUGAGCGCCCCGUCUUUUCUUCAGAAGGGGACCCUACAUUUGAAGAAUAAGAAGGAGAAGAAGACGAACAAUAAAAGGCUGCUCAACGGGGAUGGAAGCGGAUUUUCCAAUGCUCCUUCCCCCUUGGGGAAUCACCUCCCCGGAAGGGACUCACCCACUGGGGGUGGCUCCGCGUCGAAGCGAAAGGGAGAAGCUAAGCACUUAGGUGGUUUCUCCUCCCCGGGGGAUGGCCCCCUUUUGGGGAAACCCUUCAAUCGCGGGCUCAGCCACCUCUUCAGCAACACGAAGUGGACUCGAAGUGGCAAACGGGAGAAGUCGCGGCAGACUGGGGAAGGCGAACCUGGGCCAGCUGCAGGGAAGAAGAAGCAGAAUACGGAAGGCGAACCUGAACCAACCGCAGAGAAGGCGCACCAAAAAACGAAGAAGCUCCACAAGGAGAGCAACCCGAAGGAAUCAGCAACAAACCGAAUGAGCGGCCACACGCAAAACAAUCUCGAAACGUCCUUCUUGGAAAACAAAACCACCAGCACGGUUAAAAACUACUACCUUAUCGAAUCGAAUAGGUACAGGACGCUGAGCUGCUUGGAGAAAAUGUUCCUCCACUCCUUCGACAGCAAUUCCAACGCUGGAGAGGAUAGAGCCAAAAUAUGCAGCUCGCUGUAUAGCCAGAACUGGACGCAAAAGGUGCGUACCGUGUUGAUGAAGAAGCUAAAUGAAAGGGGCGUACACACUUAUGGGUACACACAUGACCUGCUAUUGACGACAAAAGUGAAAGGAGAAAAAUGCGAGCUGCAUUUCAAGCUGCACAUUGGACAUGAUAAUAAGUACACCCUGAAAAAGCAGAAAUAUAAAAACGCAAUUGUAGAUUUCAACAUCUUUAGAGAGAACAACGAAUUGUGCUUCCUAAUCAUUAACAGCAAAAAACGAAGGGAUAAAAACGUGUUUGUCUGUUACCAUGCUGAUUUGGUCCCAUUCUAUCGAACCUACGAUGUUUCCAAUUACCUUAAUAAAGUCUUUUCCGAAAUAGAUUCAGUCGACACGAGCAAAAUGAGCGAGGAGAAUGAGGCGGCCAACGAGAAGGACAAGACAAACCUAAAUGAUAUGCACAAAUACCCGUUCAACAUCAUCGGAAGUGACGAAGCGGGGGAGACCAAUGAGGGACGUAAGGAUGGCGAAGCGAAGGGAGCCGACUGGGAACAAUCCGUAUAUGUAGAAGGACCCAGGGGAAGAAAUGACACCACAGAUAAAAGUGCCAAGGGUAGGGAAAACGACACAAAUGUGAGAGACUCCACCCCGUCUAGAAACGACCAAGUGUCCCUCAAAAUCAACCCAAGUAGCCAAAAAAAAGGUGCAUUAAGAAACACAUUCAACGAUACGCUUAAUAAUAUCAAAAGCGGAAUUAACAAAAUUAAGGAUAAAGUGAAGAGUAGACGGAAGGGCGAAGAAAAUAAUGACGAUUCGAAUGACAACAUAGGCAAAAUGAAAGAUGCCCUGAAAUACCUAACAGAGAAAAAAAUAAUAAAUCAGCUCCUCGAAUUUGAGUAUUUCCACUCAAUCAAGUGGACCUCCAACAUUUUCAGCGUCACCAUAGAUAACAUGAAAGGGAGUAACGAAAACAUCAAGUUGGUUCUGGAGCUCGGCGAUUACAACAUAAAGACCUACUACGAGGUGGACAUCAAGUACGGCCCCAAUGUGCAGGCAUUACAGAAGCUAGAUUAUUUCAUCAAAAAGAGUAACGUCACAGAUAUGAUAGCUCAGAGGCUGAAGAAGUACACCAAACUCAACUUCAUGUUGAAGCAUAUCUUUAGGUUUAACCAUGAAAUUAAGAACGUUUCGUAUAUCAAAUCGAGGGCCGUUGCUGAGAGGGCGGUGGAACCCGCAAAUGGUCCACAGUCCGGUGUGGAAAACCGCCAAAGUGGAAGUCUCCCCGUAGAUAUGCGGCUCAAAGGGGAAGGAAGCGACGAUGAGGGUUACGAUGACGAUGAUGAGGAGGAUGAUCUGGAGAAAAGCACCUCGCACGGAAGCGACUCAGAGCAGCCCUUCCAGGAGUACAUAAAAUUCACGUGGCACAAAGAACACAACAAGCAGAGGGUAGAAGCCAUCCUGGCGGUGAAGGCAAUCAACCCACUGAAACUGAAAAAUGAUAACAGCGAAAUUUUAUGUGAGACAAAUGUGGACAUAAAAAAUGUGCUCAAGGUGUUUAGACCGCCGGAAGGGAGCGAAGGGGGGGAAACAGUACAAAAUGACGAUGGAACGGAAGCAGAGAGGGACCAUUCGAAGGGAACCCCACCUGCAGAGACACCCGCGGCGGAUUUCACCCCCGAUAGCACCCCUGAUAGCACCCCCGAUUUCACCCCCGAUAGCACCCCUGAUAGCACCCCUGAUAGCACCCCCGAUUUCACCCCCGAGUUGAUAUCCAAAACGGACGUGGAACAAAUCAGGAGGAACAACACAAAGGAGAAAUUCUUCACCGACUAUGCUACGUACUUCAGCAAGAUCUACCCCCUGACGGAGGAGGAGAACUACUUCGUAAAGACGAGGAUGGAGAGGAAUUACGCCCUGCUCAAGUACAGACUUAUCCUCCUAUCGGUCAUCAUAAUUAAGAGCAACAAUUUGAGCAACCUCAAAAAGAUGAGCAGCCUCAGCGAUGACUACCUCAGAAACAACUACAAGCUUUACAAAAAUAUUGAGUUUCAUCAAAAUAAAUUGUUUCAAAAAAAAUACGUGUACAUAGAUAACAAGCAUUACAUAAUUAAAAAGAAAUUGGAGUGCCUCAUAGGGUUGGACUUCUACAAAAGUUUGAAGACUUCCCUCGAGAGGAAAAACAUACUGCAGAGUUUUCUCGAAGACCUCACCGCGGAGGUAUCCAACAUUAACAGGUUCUUCUACAAAUAUUACUACAAUGACAAUUCGAAUAUACACUCCUCUAGCUUCUACAUGGACAAGCUGAAAAAUGUGAAGUCGCUAUGUCCCCUCGUAUUCGAUUUGAUGAGCAAGGAAAAGAUUAACAUAUCGGAUACGUCCAAAGUGGACACAUCUGUCAGACUGCCAAACACGAAGGAAGUGGAAUACGAAAUAGAGCAGUGCGAAAGGAGAGUAGGAUUCUACGGUAGUAACAUCCUAUUUUUUGGGAAAGAGUUAGACGACUCGAUAGGUAAGAAAAAAAUUGAAAAUAUAGCCAUGUUUUCCUACGAAUGUGAAAAGUCCAUUUUUAAUUCAAAAAAUUUAAGUGAACUGGAUGACUACCACAAAAACUUCUGCAUCAAUGUGUUUGAAAAUGAGUUGGAAGAAAGGGACGAACAGUUUAGACCAAACACGGAAUGGAUCGACAUGCUCUACAAUACCUUUUCCUCCAAGAAGAAUCAUAACUAUACCGGAAAUAACUACUCAGAAAUUAGAUGCUUCGGAUUUGCUGAUAGAGAUGAGCUGAAGGAGUACGAAAAGAAGAAAGAGGCCAAGUGCAAAGUUACCAUCCUCAGUAGAACCCUCAAUGUGCUUCAGCAGUUUAUUAACAAGUACUACAAAAUGAAGAAGGAUGGGAUAAAUAACGGAAAUGCGUAUAACGUGUAUGCCCUCUUUAAAAAUAUAUACACUGUGAUGAUUUACAAGCUUAUGUACGAAACGAGGCCGUUCAAGCCUCUACGCGUGCAGCAGAAAUUAAAUUUGGUAGGAAAUAAAUACACCAAGCUGCUAUACAAAAAGGGGAAUUACUCAAAGUUUGUGAAGCACAUGCUGGAUAAGACCAGCACCUUGUACCUCGAAAUUGAACUGCUCUACAAUGAGCACGUCUUCCUUAGGAACAUCUCCUUCCCCAGCGAAUCCGUGGACAUCCUCAUGUUUACCCACAAACCGUUUAGUGAUGAUGCCUACGGGUAUAGACUCCUAGCCAACCCAAAUGAAAAUAUAAACGAGGGGGAGGAAAACACCAAAGUGUACUCAUUCUUUGUCCUAAUUUUGAUAGGCUACUACCCAGAGAUUCAAAAGUCGCUACUUCAAGUGGCGGAAAAUGCAGACCUGAUUUACAAACUGCUAGACAUUAACGUGGAAGAGAUAAAGAAAAUUAUUCAGGCCAGUCAAAAGGGCAACGAUCAGGGUAGUGGAAGGGACGGAUCGACGUCCUCCCCUGGGGGGUCAUCCUCCAUGGAAAAUGGAACUUUUUCCAUUUUUGAUAACAUGGAUAAGAGUCAAUUUGGAAUUGCUGGGAAAUUUGCCAACCCUCUUGGAACUUUAUACAAUUUUAUUUUUAGCAAAUCGGAAGAUGCCGACUCUGGGGGGAGGGCCUCUCCGCCAUCUAUGGUCUACACCGAUGGGAUGAAUGUGAAUACCCACAGGGGGGACCCUGCAGGGGGUGCCCCCGGGUUCUCCACGGAGUAUCCAUCGGUGUCUCCAACAGGGGCACCCACCUUUGCAUCAAACGCAGCGUCCACAUCGUCUGCUUCAUACACUGCUGCGCCGUCCACCCCAUCACCGAUGAGUGCACCCCCCAAAGCGUACGAAAUUAACGACUUCACCUGGAUGGAGAAGGAACAAAUAGACAGCAUUAAGCGGCUAAUCGUGCAGCACGAACUUGUGGACUACUUCAUGAAGGGAAUCAAAUUGAUGAACCUGAAUAGCUACCUAAGAAAUGAUAACUAUUUGGAUGCAUUUAAGAAGGCCCUCAAUGAGGAGCUGAAGAAGAAAAAUUUCUACCACCACUUUAUUAAGACGUCCCCCCUGUUCCACUUUGACUUUUAUAAAGUGCACCACUUGUUACUCUUCGCCUUUUAUUAUGCCUUCUCGGAUAUCAUACGGACGAGGAGACAAUACGUGAACCUCGAAUCCAGCAUCAACAGAAUUAUUGAUAAUAAUAAGUCUGUCUAUAUGUACAGAACGAAGGGAUAUAAAAGUAUCAAACUCGAUCCUGAAAAGAGAGUUAGCCUAAAUAAAGACCAUGAAGAAAUUGCAAAGUUCAUUUACAACAACGCUAUACAGUACCGAUUUGUUCAUAGGGAAAAUCCUGACCAUGUCCUCUUCCAAUUUAGUGAAGAACAAAUAGACGAACUGAUGAUCAUUUUGAAUAAUAAAAAAAAACAGAUAUACACUGCUAACGAUCUGGCAGAAAUUACCAGCUUUGUAGAGAUCAUGGUUGAGAAUUAUAUUUACAUUUUAAAUAAUUACCCUUCUAAUUUUAGCCUCAGUAAGCACUCCUCCUUUUACGAAAAUUUUAUGAAAAAUGUCAAACAGUAUUUUUUUUCCUACAACAAGAAGAAUAAUUUGCUCUACAUUAUCAACCAGAGGGAUGUGAACUACAAUAUGCAGACUAUAAAACAUAUACGUGAAAAGUCGACAGUCAUUAAUAUGAUAAAGUCUGUCCUUGAGUUUGUCUUCUUGGCGUCUACCAGGUCUUACACAGUCGAUAGAGCCAUCAAGCAGAUCAUAAGCAUUAAUGAGGAACCCACUCUGAAAAAGGGGCCCCACCUGAAGCACUUUAAAAAGGUGAGCAGUCUUCCAGGGGCGUCCGACCGAUACGCCUUUUUGCAAAGCGUCAACAGGGAUACAACCCUAGAUAAGAGGAAAUGCCAUCGGGGAGGAUUCCCCAACGUGGUGAAGAUGGGCCGCCACACUGAAGAGGAAAACGCAGACACCACUGCCAUCACUUCGAUGAGAACAAACGACAAGCGCAGUGGCUGCUGCAGGUGCUGUAGGAAAAAAUGCCUCACUGUGAACAAAAGGAAUAACCCAAAUAUGCGCCUGAACAAUUACCCCAUGGUUCCAGAAGUGAAGGACAAACGAGGUAGGUGCGCACCGCUUUGCGAGGGUAGGGGGCAUUUUAGGGAAGCUCCCACAAAGGUGAGAAUUAUAAACCCCAAGAAGAGGGGCGAACCAGGGAAGAGGCCGCCUUGGGAUAAUACACUAUACGCAUUUUAUGACAAAAAGGGGCGGAAAAUCAUUUACAUGGGUGGCGCGAAAAGGGGGGGCACGCGCAACUGCGCCUCGGUUCGCAGUCCCGGAGUUGGCCUGCAAGGGGCAAGUUGCGAUGAGGAGGUGAACGGUGAGGAAGUGAGCGAUGAGGAAGUGAACUAUGAGGAAGUGAACGAUGAUGGAGUUACCGACAGUGAAAUGGAGCAUUACGGGGUAAACCUCGGCGAAGUGAACCGCGACGCGGCGGACACAACCCAAUCGACGGACAAAGCCCAAUCGGCAGACACCCUAGCCAUUGCCAGAGCCAUAGAGUACAACUUCACCGAACACGAACACAAGAAAAACUCAGACAGCAGCAUCGUGGAAAGCCUCUUCGGGUCGAGAAUGAAUAACAUGUAUUCAAAAUUAAAAGGAGGAGUCUUUUCCUUCACCUUCGUGCACGGUUUCGAUUUCUUUUUACGAAAUAGCCUCUACUUUUACAGAAAGAAUUUAAUCUCCAAGUAUAUAACACAUUAUGCAAAGACGAACGUAAUGCAGAGCCUGGACAUGCUCUUCCUAAUAGUGAGGGACCACGAAUUGAAGACCUCCAUCACCAACACAUAUUCAAUCAAGCACAGUCUGUUUGACAUAUGCCUAUUUAAUUUCCAAAAUUUAUCUAUUUCACUUAAAAAUAUUCUUAACUUGAUCGAUGAGGAUAAAGUUGAGAAAAUACUUUCCUACAUCAUUGCCAUGAUUCAUAUGAAGUACACAGGGAAUGCUCGCUUUAUAGAAAAUUUGAUUAAAAAUUUAAAUUAUGCCUUAUCGAAGAAUAUUACGUUGAAAAAAUUAUUUGGCAAUUUUAUUUCCUACCUGACCAUUUCGUCCAUACAAACUGCGGAGUUGUAUUUCCAUUCCAGGUAUAAAAAGAAGCUACUAAAGGUGAUUAUAGCAAUACUUAAUAAGGUUUCCGGCACGAUUUCCAACGUAUUUGGGGAGCCCUUCUUCCAGUCCUACACGUGCACGCACUUGAUAAAGCUGGGCGAGUCCUUCAUAAGUGAGUUCAACGCGGAAAACACCGUCUACCGAUUUUUUAUGGACGUCGGCGAGAUUAACUUCAUCGACGUUAUCAUUUCCUACGCGUAUAAGUACUUCCCCAAGGCGGUUCACGACUUCAUGGGGAGCUGA